AGAAACUGAAGCCUUCCUUGCAAACCACCUUGUUGGGUGAACCUAUUCAAGAAUAUUAUUAGUGUGACUGUGAGUGUUUAAAAUACCUUUAACUUUAAAUGAUAAAACAUCAUAUUUGUGAUGCCGGGCUGCCUCCACCAACACCUCCCUGCUCGGUUUAACAUGAUUGACGCGGAUGAAAUCGCCAAGUUGUGCUACGAGCGUUUCAACAAGCUCCCCCGGAGAGGGAAGCCUGAGCCGAGCAGAGAGUGGAGCCUGCUGGCCGCCGUGGUUAAAGUCACCCGGUGCUCUGAGUCAGACACAGUUAAGAAGGAGGUUAUUUCCCUAGGAACUGGGACCAAAUGCAUUGGGCGGACUUCUAUGAGUCCCAAAGGUGAAAUACUGAAUGACAGCCAUGCAGAAGUCAUUGCUCGAAGAGGAGCUAUCAGGUAUCUGAUCCAGGAGCUGCACAGGGCCGUGAGUGGUGGAGACAGCUCUGUGUUCAGUCCAGCCGAUCAGAAGGGGAAGUGGAGGCUCCAGACAGGAGUCUCCUUCCUCUUCUUUACCAGCCACACUCCCUGUGGUGAUGCCGCCAUCAUUCCCAUCAUUGAGAGCCAGUGUCAGCCUUGCCCUCCUGUCACGUCUUUAAAGUGCCAUGAAGGAAGUGAUGGAAGAGAAGGCCUGAAACGGGAAGCUGAGGAACCGUGUGAAAGAAAAAACAUUAAAGUGCCUCGUCUGGAGGAGGAGGAGACGGUGACGACAGAUCAAGACUCAUCUAAGACUGAAGAUCACUCACAGAGUCACGGUGCAGAAACGCCUGUCUCAGCAGAUUCAGCACAGCUGGAGAUAAAAACCAGAGCCCCCCCUGACAGUACAGGGCUCCAUCCACAGGUCCCAGACAUUCACAGAACGGGGGCCAAGUGUGUCUCUGGUGGCCCGGCUGACCCUCUGCUCCCCGGGGUGGGCUACCACAGCACAGGGGUGCUCAGGUUGAAGCCCGGGCGAGGAGAGCCGACGCUGUCCCUCUCCUGCAGCGACAAGCUGGCCCGCUGGGGGGUGCUGGGCUUCCAGGGUGCACUGCUGGCCCACUACCUGCAGGAGGCGCUCUACUUCACCACCGUGGUGGUGGGGAAGUGUCCGUACAGCCAAGAAGUUAUGCAGAGAGCUUUGGUUACAAGGUGCUCCCAUGUAUCGGACCUCCCUGCUGGUUUCUCUGUGUGUGCCCCUGUGCUGCUCCAGUCCAGCCUGGAGUUCCCUUUCAGCCUGGCCCAGACUGAGCUCCAACACCGGGCCGGGCAGGGACGUAUCUCCCCCUGUGGAGCAGCCAUAAGCUGGUGUAAUGUGACGGAGCAGCCACUAGAUGUCACUGCCAACGGUUACAAACAUGGAGUCACCAAGAAGGCCCUCGGCACAGAUAAAGCCAGGUCUCUUCUGUGUAAACUGGAGAUUUUCCAUUCCUUCCUGUCUCUGGUGGCAGCCACUGACCCGUCAGCACUUCCCGAUUCCCUCAGUAGAUCAGAGCUGCAGACCUACUGGGACUACAAGCAGGCGUCCCAGUCCUAUCAGCAGGCCCGGCAGCAGCUGCACAGCCAGGCCUUCCCUCUGUGGCCACGCAGUGACCGACAUCUUCUGCUCUUCCAGUGAAAGCCCCCUUUCCUGGAACCCCACUCUGCUGCUAAAAAUGUCAUUGUCAAGGUCCAACCUGCCUGUUGGGUCAGCUGGUCAAUGAAGUCUGGACAAAUACUUGAGCUAUAUCUGACACCUCCAGGAUGUAGCCCUGCUCCCUCAUGCUGUUCAUAGAGGCUCAGUGUCCUCAGACGAUGGUUUUAUUUGUGUAAUGUGUGUAACAUGUCACUACAGCUGGCUGGUGUUCAUGUUGUGAAAACACAGCUGGAUGUACCUGUGUGCGAGUGGAAAAUGUUUCGGGUUCGACUCUCAGCCAGUCCUAGUUUAAAUGCUCUGGUUUUACCCCACAGUCUAACUCUAAGCAUGCUGGUCGGUAGAGGUGUGAAUCAGCAGAGGCCCCACAAUACAAUUUUAUCCCGAUACUUGAGUCACAAUACAAUAUUAUUGUGAUUUUAAGCAUUUUGCAGUAUGGUGAGUAUUGCGAUACGACUGUUUAACUGUAUUUUGGGUCCAGAAAAUUUAAUUCACCAUGAAACAUCAAGAAAUAGCCUAACUUUGCAGCGUUAUUUACCUUCCCGACACAAUAUUGCACGCACAUGGUGUCUAUACACUGUAAAAAAAAAAGUAAAAUCUGUAUAAUUUACGGUAAAAUACCGGCAGCUGUGGUUGCCAGAACUUCACUGUAAAUAAUACAGUGAAUGGUUUUUCUGCUGUAAAUUUAAAUGUAAAUAUCAGCAAAAAAUACAUGAAAUUUUAUAUUUUUACAGCAAAACUGUGUUUUCUACAGUUCAUGACAGUAAAAGUUUUGUGCUAAUCUUUGAUUUACAAUGAUUAAGUCUACUAUGGUGAUGUACAACUUUUAAUUUUAUGCCCUAAUUCUGAUGCAAUUUGACAGUGUUUUACUGUUAUUUCUACUUUUUUAUUUACAGUGUAGAUUCCUUAGAUCUUCUAGUUUCAUAUGAUACUAGUAUAUCCAGUAUAUUCCUAAAAGUGAGCCUGCUGCGGCCUCCCGAAACAAAAACAAAAUGGUAAAAAUACCGCCGGCGCUAAAUAUCGAUACUUGGCGACCAUGAGUCGAUAUAAUAUUGCCACGCAAAAUAUUGCGAUAGUAUGCUGUAUUGAUUUUCUCUCCCACCUCUAGUGGUCAGGUGGACUGAAGACACAUGGGUCUGUAUUCAGCUUCCUUUUUUUUUUUUUUUUUUUCGAAAUUAGAAUCAGGUUUAUUGCACAAAUAUGCUCAUAAAUGUGACUUUGGCUGUCAAUAGUUACAUUAGAAUAUCAUGGAAAAGUCCAUUUCCAGUAGUUCAAGUUAAAUAGCCCCAACUAAGUAUUGAGUAUAUAGAUGGACAUACUUUUCAGAGGCCAACAUUUCCAUAUUAAACUUUAAAAUUGGGGGUUUUUUUGAGACACUGAAUUUUAGGUCUUCACUAAAUGUAAGCCAUAAUAUUAAUCAUAUCAAUAAUCAUAAUUAAGAGAAAUUAAAUAAAUUAAGACAUGAAAUGUUUCAUUCUGUGUGUAAUGGAUCUAUAUUUAAAGUGAUAUUUCAACUUUUUGAAUUGAAUUACUGACGUAAACAAACUUUUCUAUGAUAUUCUAAUUUAUUGAGAUGCACCUGUAAUAGUUAAUACAGCAAGUACGUCGACUGCAAACUGGACACACAGCAUGUAGGUCUCUGGCCUCUGGGUGCAAAUGUAUAAUAUUUGAAACUGACUUUAUGAUCCAUUCAUAGCAGCUUUUCUACAAAUUUCCAUGGUCAAAACUUUUUUUUUUGUCACAACUUUUCCAUGACUUUUCAAGGACCUAUAACAAAAUCCAUUCACAACCAUUCACAACUUAGAAGUACACGAACAGAACUGUAUUGGAAACUUUCUCCAAAUGUUAAUAACUGUGUGGAAAUAAAAGGGAAACCUUUUUCCAAUCUGUAUUUCUUUUUUUUUUUGUUUUUUUUAAAGUUUUACAAGCACUUCUAUCAGCCUGGCACUGGUCUGUAUUCAGCUUCCUGUCAACCAGGAUGACCACGCUGUUUCCGAUGCAUGUUGGAAUAGAUUUAAAUUUUCUGGGACACCUAAGUCACUCAUAAAGACCCAGACUAGAAUACGUUGUGAACAGUAAGGUCCUUCAUGGAAGACCAGGCACCAGUUUUAUGUGGGACUGAGGCUCAGUUGUGUUGUUGCUUUGGCUCAGCAGAUUCCACUGACAAGUCAUGACUCACUUCAGCUCGGCUAACACCGAACAGCAUGUUGCAAGUUACCAUGUGGAAGCCAACCAUUGUGUAUUAAAUGUCAUUCUCAAUCCACUGCACUAAAGGUCUUGCUCUUUUAA